AUGGCAUCCGGUAAUCCACCAUUUAUCAUAAGGGAUCAUCUUUACUCCGUAGAUGACAAGUUGAAGAGAGGGAGACCUCCUCCUUUGCUUAAGGGUACCGAGGAUGUAAUUAUUGAUGAAGAACCAGCGCCAGAAGCUACUUCAGUGAUUGACCCUGCGUCCGUAUCAAGGUGCUGUAUAGAAAGGGGUCUGUUUCCGGCAGUUCCUUUGUUCUUUCAAUAUCCCUGCAGCACCAGCAAGGGUUGGUCGGAGUGGGUUGAUGCUGAACUGAAGAACCCAUCUACCCGUGAUAUCCUAAGCCGGGCAGGCGUGUUGGAAGCCAUCUUUGCUUCUAAGGCUUGCGACAUCCAUAUUGAAGUCAAGACGCUUCGACACUUGGUUAGACGGUGGAGCACUGAGACGCACACUUUUAUUUGUUCGUGGGGAGAGUUCACUCCCACGCUUGAGGAUGUAGCUAAUAUCUUCCAUCUCCCACUUUGCGGCAGCCAAGAUCCUUUCCAUAUUGCAUUAACCGCGGAAGAUGGGCCAAAGCUUGAGAUUUUGCGGAAAGGUGCCCCGACCUCUCCUAGUACCUCUCUAAGAUUCAGUAAUUGGAUUCAGUUUUUUGGGAACAGUGAUCGAGACGAGCCGUGUCGCCUUGCUGCGUUUGUGUCCUUGUGGCUCGGGAGGUUCCUCUUUUGUGAUUUUUCUCAGGACUGCUUGCAUGGGAGAGUGUUUCCGUUGGCUUUGGCAAUAGCACGGGGUAGCAUGAUCCCUUUAGCCCCCAUGUUCUUGGGGCACUUAUAUCGCUUACUUGACCAGAUUCAAUUUCUUGAGAAGGGGGCGGCCGGAACCAUGGCUGUGGAGACUUUUGUAAACUCCAGUUUUCUGCAGAUCUUUUUAUGGGAACGCUUCAAAGGGAUAGAGGUAUCUCCACUCCCUUAUUCAAAGGCUGAGUCGCUGGUUGCUUCGGACGAGGAUUCCUACGUGCCGGGUAGUCUUCCUCUGAUCUGUAGAUGGUUCCGUCGCAUGCAACGGAAGGGCCAAAAUUUUUUAGAGCUGCUGGACGAUGUUGAGCAAUUUAUUUUUCGCCCCUAUUGUGCCUCAUCAGAGGGCUUUAAAAGUAUGCCCCUCUAUGCUGAUUCUGCUGCUUUAAUGGAGGCCCUGGCCAUGCCAACACAAGGUUGUCGGUUACGCAGAGAGGCAUUGAUGAGUGCCGCAUGCCUCCCUCUGCCCACAUUCGGUGAUGACCACUUGGAGAUUUCUGUGCAUUAUUCCCCUUACCGGGUUAGACGACAGCUUGGGUUUGACCAAGGUGUGCCCUCUCGUCCCAACCAUGGAGAUUCCUUGAGCUUGCACAGGGUUUUCUGGACUGGUGACAGCGUGCCGGGAGACGGCAGGCCUCUUGCCCUUGCUCUGGCCAUCCGGCAGCGCGUUGGUGGUCUCUCAAAGGCCUACCAAAAUUAUUGGAACCGCUGCUUUGCCUCGCUCAGCCGAUUCCAUGCUGCCCACUGUGAUAGAUUGAUUCCCACCAUCAUUCAUCAUGCCCGUUUAGUGUCGGAAGAGAAAGCGAUUUCCUUGAGCGAGAAGCGAAAUCUGCCUUUUAUCUCCAAAAGCGGAGAGAUUGUUGGUGACUUUUCGAAGCUAAAGCGGAAGUUGGAAAAGUCGGGUUCUCAUAGUGCCGGGAAGAGUGUUGCACAUGGGAAACGGAAGCGUGAGGAAAGCUGCAGCGCCGAGAAAAGGCAAGCUGUAAAAGAACCGAAAAGGUUCAUCCCCAAGGUAGCGGCAGGUGGUCCUCCCAGCUCAAGAAAGGUUGCCUUGCCCGAGUCCUUACAGCAGCAGCCUACAGCUUCCGGCAGCAGCGAGCUAGCAGCUCCCAAAGCUUCAUCUCCUCACAGUACUUCCCAAAGUAAAGGCAAGGGUAAGGGGUUUUCCGCGACCCCGAAACGUCGAAGCAUGCGUAUUCUUGAAACGCGGUUUGCUAAUACCCGAAAGAAUAAGGGUGAAGACUCGGGACCCAAAGUAGUGGUGACGGUUGAUGAUAACAGUGAUGAUGAUAGUGAUGGCGAUGGCGCUGCGGGAACUGAGGCUAACAUUCAUGAGCAAGAGAGUGCUCACGAUACGAGUGGCAUGGACGAGGACUUUGAUGAAGGCCAAUACGAUAGUCACGACGAAGACACCUAUCCGGCUUUCGGCACUAGCUUGGGGGAGUUCGAUGACCCAGAUACGACUCCCGCUUUGACUGGCGAUCAUGGACAGCGUGUCGAUAUUGAACUGGUCGUGCCCGCCAUUGAAGGCACAAUAGGUGCUUCAUCAGAGGCUGAUUUUGCCCUUCCCACUACUGUCGCUGAAGUUGUCCUGAGCCUUCCGGCAGUGCAACCUCCUCCUUCUCCUAACCCAUGUACUCCUGACAUGGCUGCUGAUGCCUCUCCACUACUUCCAACAGUUCCUCCUCCUAUUUCUCCAAUUCCGAACGUACCUGCCAUAGCUUCCGGCACUGCUCUACUUCUUCCAGCAGCACAUCCCCUUACUCUCCCAAUCUCGAGCACACCUGACAUAGCUUCCGGCACCACUCCACCUCUUCCAGCAGCACAUCUCUGUGAUAAGAAUGUUGAUGCUUUUAUCGCAGGUUCCUCAAAAGGGCCUUCAUUCGAGAAAGGCAUGUCUUGGCAAGAUUGGGAGAAUUCCUACACGGCAUUCAAAGCCUUCUUUGAUGGUGGUGUCACCAUUCUUAGAUCCAUUGAUGAACUUCUUCCGCUUUGCCACAGAUUCGAUGGUUAUGCAACAUUCCAAGGCGCCCUUGUGUAUCCAGAGACGGUUGGAGCCUUGAAAAAGUUCAUGGACAAAUACGGGAGUUUGCUGGAAGCUACAGAUGUCACCUCCUCUUUCUCAAGGGGUACUGCCCUUCGAGCGCUUGGCUUAGUACUUCAUGGGAUGGACACCAUGCAACUCCUUGAUAUUACAGAUCAUAAACUGCUCUGUUGGCGAGAUGCAAUAUGCGAGGCCAUGAUUCUGGGCUUUCCUGUGGAAUUUCUCCUUAAACUCGUGAAGAGCUUAGCACGUGCCGUUUUGGAGCACGGGCCAUUCGUAGAGUUGGAAAACCAGCGCCGGGAGAUGCAUGCCCUUCUUCUUGCUAAGGGAGUUUCUGUUGACAGCGCUGAGUGCGUGACGGAGGCAGCAGCCAGAUUAUCUCCUGGGGCUUCCUUUGUUCUUUUGGACAUUCCCCAUAGCCUACAGAUUGCCCAUCCUUGGCUUAGUGACCAUUUAGCUUGGCUCAUGAUCCUGCUUUUCUUCGUGACUUAA